AUGGAGAAGCAGAUGGAGUAUAAGAAGAAGUUGAAGGAAAUAAAGCAAAUGACCUCCAGUGUAUCCAGAAUGAUUCAGAAGAAAGAAGACGAGAGAAGACAGCAGGAAUAUGUUACAGACAUUCCCAUGCCUUCACAAUUGGACAAGGAAGCAGAGAACUUGUAUAAGGUGUUGGAGAGAGGCCCAGCUUUUGAUCCAUCUUCGGCUUCGUUAUUAACACCAGUGGUUGAUUUACCUGAGUCUAUUCAAGAAAGGUUGGGACUUUCAGUCAAGUUUCUAGUCUCAAAAGAACACCAGAACUGGCCAGCUGUGCUUCAGACGUUGAAAAUGGGUGGUGGAUUCAAAGACUUGAAAGAAAAAGAUGUGAGAAAACUCAUAUACAAUAUUCCCAAGGACAAGAUAUCUUCCAUUAUACCACAGGUAGAGUCUCUUAUGGUUGAAGCUAAGAUGGUGCCAACGUCUAAGGUCCUUAAUGUGUUCAUCAAUAGCUUAGCGUUGGGCAAAGAAGUAUCACCAGAGACCCUUUCGCUUAUUGAAUCGUAUGUCGAAACCAUCAGAGCUUCCAAUAAAGGAAUAUUACCUAGAGAUACAUACGAGACUAUGAUCCACAUCUAUGGGAAAGCAAACGAUAUCAAUAAGAUCAACGCAUUAUUGAUGGAAAUGAAGGAAAAUAACCUCAAACCUUCAGCUGACAUAUACUCCAAUGUGUUGAAGACUUUGGUUUACAAAUCAAGAGACCACAAAGAGGCAGUUUCAAUUUUUGACUCGAUGAAGUUCUUGUCCCAGGAAACCAAACCCGGCACAAACGCUUAUAAGGAUGUCAUUGUCUCCUAUGUCAACAAUGAUGAUGUUGAAAAGGCAUUGGACUUGUACCAGGAGAUGCUCACUUCCAGAACUCCAGUUAACCAGGAGAUAUUGGUGGCAUUGGCAAGAGGUUGUACAGGAAGAAAACAGUUGCGGUUCAAGGCUUGGGAUUUUAUCUUUGAGAUCUACGAUAAUGAAUGGUCUCCGACCCGUGAAACUCUUGAGUAUAUGGUAUAUUUGUCUAGUAAGGAUGGAGAUGUUGCCUUAUCAAGAGCAUUGUACAAGAGAUUGGCCCUGGUAAGCUCUGUUACCAAAAGAACGUUUACCUUCUUGUUGAUGUCAUAUAGCAAAUCGAGAUGUUUGAAACCUGACGCAGAAGUUCCAGCCAUUACAGUUCAUGAAAGAGGUAGACAUUUCAGAGCCAACCUUUUGUCUCAAGCAGACACCUUACCAACUCAGAUAGAACCCAAGUAUCAUGUGCCAUUUUUACCUGUUCUUGACUUGGCCUCCCCUGAAGAAAUCAUAGCGGAAUCCAGUGCUGUUUGGGCCCAUUCGUUGAUGUUCAAUCCCGACUUCAUAAAUGAUGAAUCGUACAACACUUAUUUAAACAUCGCAGCCGAAUUUGGCCUGUUGCAUGACUUGAUGGACAGAUACGAUUUCUCCAAAAUGGUAGACGAUGCUGCUAUGAAUUCUACAAGAGUUAUCAUAGAAGAGCCAGAUGUUCAUGAAACUAAUACCAAUCUGGAAACAACCAAAUUGAAUGAUCUUGCCAAGUCUCCAGUGUUCAAUGAAUUGUCAAGUAUUGAAUCUAAAUUCAACAUCACCAGGUCUACCUUAACAUAUAUGAUUGCGUUGAAAGGAGCUGGUAUAUUGAAGAAUUAUCAACUCUCCCAGGAUGUGUGGAUGGAAAGAGGCAAGUAUCGUAAGUCUAAAGAGUUUAAACUACUUCCUAGAAAGGAAAAGGACAAAUUAGAUUUCCAGUUUGCUACUCAAAUGGUGCAAAGUUUAACCAAGAUGCAGUUGAUUGAUGAUGCAGUCGCUAUAAUUGUCAGCACCGAGUACCAGUUCAAAUGGGCUUGGCUACAGUUAAGCCCUUUAUAUCAAGAGUGUGUUGAACUUGGUUAUGAUAAACAUUGUAGUACUUUAAGAAGUAUUGCAAGCAGAGCUCAAAUUAGAUUUGAAGGGAAAAUUAGAAAGAAGGACUUCAAGGAGUACUUACUGAAGAAACGAUAUGGAUUAACUAACAUGUAAAUAGAUCUUGUAAAUAUUGUACACUAAACUAAGAAAAUAAAUGAUUUAUUGUAUUA